GAGGCCAGGCGAUGCAAUAAUUUAAGUCUGCAAAGUGGGAAUGCCAGAGGGGGCUGGCACGUGAGACACCGGCGAGGGAGGAAGACGCGCCCAGGCAGAGAAGAGUUUUGGAAAUGUCAAAUCCGGGGUCGGGGCUGAGAGUUUGCUGCGCGUCCUCGCUCAGCCAAUCAGUUCGCCGGAGUCCGCUCAGCCUCUCAGCCGGAGUUGUUUUGGAGCCCGAGCUCAGUGUGUGAGACUGUGCGUAAAAAUCUACCUGUCAGACGCGGCAGCGGUGCCAUGGCGGGCAGAGCUCAGCGGCGAGCAAAGUCCGUCCUCACACGCACGGAGUAAGUUACCUUUUCAGACGGAUGCCGUAUGUUUGCGCUGCUGCUGUGGCAGUUCUGCUUCCCCCUCACCCUCCCCAAAAAACUGAUCAUGUGAAGUAAAAAAAAAAAAAAAAAAAAAAGGUGGUGGCUCCGUCUGUCCGUCCGUCCGUCUCCAUCGAGUCAGUUGCGCCGAGGAACGAUGCUGAACAAAGCUGCGGGAGGAUUUUCCAGCACAGCUACCAGACUGCCAAAUCUUUGGGACUGAUCCACUAGAAGCUUGAAGCUGCCGUCAUGGAGAGCCUGAGUGAGCUCCAGAACCCCCUGCUAGACAAAACCAGCAGACACGUGGUGCACAACGACUACCAGGGCUACCAGUGUGACUACCCGGGCCAGCCUUACCAGGACAGCCUCAUCGGCUACUACUACACUGAUACUAAUGGCAAGCAUAAGACUCAGCAGUUUCUGGAUGCCACCUCCCUGCAUCUAGCUGUGGAGGCCUUCUACAGGCCCAAUUUCAUCCUGUACAAGGACGAUGUGAGUCUUCACAGCAAGGACUCCAAGAGCGAGAGCUUUGAGACCACUUUCACGGAGAGUAAGGAUGCUGUGUUGGACGGAGUUUCCGAGGAAAACCCUCUGGACAGCGUACAGGGGGAGAAGGAUGUGAAGAUCCAGACGGUGUCGUACGAGGUGGAGGAGGAGCAGGGACCCGAGUAUGAGAGUGACAGCUCCAGCGACAGCGAGAGUGAGGACAACUUCAUCGUGCUGCCCCCUCGGGACUACCUGGGCCUAGCCAUCUUCUCCAUGCUCUGCUGCUUCUGGCCCUUGGGCAUCGUUGCCUUUUACUACUCUCACAAGACUGGCAAGGCCAUCGCUAAGGGAGACUUCUCCAGAGCAGGAAUGAGCUCCAGAAGAGCCCUAUUCCUGGCUGCCCUUUCCAUCACCGUUGGAACAGGGAUGUAUGUGGGGGUGGUUGUGGCCCUCAUAGCCUACCUGUCCAAGCCUGGACAUGUAUAGCACUGGGACCAGUUUGCCUGGGGGACGGGGGGAGACAGCGAUUAAAAAAAAAAAAAAUAGGAGGCAAGAUGGGAGGAAGGGAAAAGACUAGGCUGGAUAGAUCUCUUCACCUCUCCUGAAGGCAUGCGCCUUAGCUGCUGUGAAAAGAAGAAUCUAUAUGAAGAGAAAAGACUUAACCAGGAAGAGAAAGAGGAGAAAAAAGAAGAAAAAAACAAGACGUGCGGAUGAAGUAUUACUCGGACUGCAUAUUGAUCCAGACUGAAUCGUUACUUCUGGGAUCCAACACUCCCACCAAGGUAUUCCACCACCACAUGAAGAAGAAAAUCCGCCCACAGAAGGAUGACUAAGGACGCGCUGUACUUAUAUGUUAGACGAACUACUGAGCUCAUAGCAGUAAAGAACUACCUACCUUUUACCACAAUAGCCGUUUACAGCAGUUUUAUUUUACCUCUAUAGUGGGUGUAUUCUCUGUCAAUACUGUUGCAGAUUGUGUAUUGUCGACUUUAUGAUUUCUUGGAAAAACAGUCGGCCAGUGGGCCGUUUUUAUGUGAUUGUUUAUGUGAGGAAUAUGGCUGUGGCUGCAGUAAACGGAGAGAGGUGGACUCCUUGUAGGAAGGGGAGCAAAGGUGAUUUUCACAGUGUACACACAGAUGCCAAGCGGCGGUCAAGAGGGUUAGGCUACUUGUGUUUAUUGUGUACUGUAAAAUUAGUCAAUAAAUACAUUUGGCAUGAAUAACGAAACAUGCUCGGCCAUAUCUCUCACGCUCCUAUUCAUUGUUUCUUUUCUGAGAGGCGGGCCUUAAUCUGCCAUCCAAACCAGGGGCAGCCUACAAGGUACUGGGGGGUAAAUGUGUGAAGACCAGCUAUUCGAUUAAACUGGGAUAGAAAUUAAAUUAGAUUUUUUUUAAGGGAAAACGUUCCCAUAUUUCUGCGAAGGAGGACA